AUGGCGCCAGAAGGUGGUCACGAACACGCUGAAGCGUUCGACUCCGGCGAUUUGCAGGUCAGCGAGCUCCACCGCCUGCACUACUUCCAGUGCGGCAAGCCUGAUGGCAAGCCUGCAGUAGUUAUCUUCCUCCACGGUGGACCGGGCGGCGGGCCCUGCACCUUGGCCAACGCCGUGUUCUUCGACCCCGCAGUCUACCGCGUGAUCUUUCUCGACCAGCGCGGCGCUGGCUUAUCCCAGCCCAGCUCUGAAACUCGGGACAACACUACGCAGCUAUUGAUUAAAGACAUUGAGGCUUUGCGCGAGCAUGUUGGGGUGAAGAAGUGGCACAUGGUGUUCGGUGGCUCCUGGGGUUCCACGCUUGCUCUUGCGUAUGCGCAAACGCAUCCUGAGGCUGUUGGAUCCCUGGUGCUGAGAGGGGUCUUCUUGGGCACGAAGGCAGAGCUCGAUCUCGUGAUGAUGGGCCAGUUGACGGGCACGGUGUGGCCGGAGGAGUAUGAUCGCUUCGUCGGUUACCUACCCGAGGAUAAGAGAAGCGACCCUUUGAAGUCGUACCACGAGCUGGUUUUCUCAGAAGAUCGCGAGAAAGCGCUCGAGGCUGCCCAGGAGUGGAAUCGCUGGGAGCUGUCGGUUUCCUUCUUGCAACAAGGCAAGCGUGUUGAUAUUGAGGAGAAGCUGCAGGAUGAGCGUUGGGUGAUGUCGCAUGCGAAAAUGGAGUUGCAUUAUUUUCUGAACGGAUGCUUUCUUGAGGGGGAUCAGCUUCUGAAGGGGUGCGAGAAGAUCAAGAAUAUUCCGACGAGCAUCGUUCAGGGCCGCUACGAUAUGGUCUGUCCUGCGCGAGCAGCUUGGAAGAUUCAUAGGGCUUUGCCCAAGUCAAGACUCUAUUGGAGUAUUACUGCAGGGCAUAGUGCUACUGAGCCAACCACGCUCACAAAGCUCAUUGAAAUUUGUGAUGAGUAUGGGCAGGCCAAUUUUCACUUGCAGUAA